GGGAGAGACAUGCCAUCCAAAUUACCUACAGAAACAGCAAGGAGAGCUUCUCUGCUGGACUGCUAGGGCACAGAAGAUCUUACUUCACUGCUUCAACAUUCCUUCUUUCUUCCAAAAUAGAAAUGUGCAUCAACUGCAGUGAUUCUCUCCAUUGGUAACAGAUACACCCAGAUCUUCCACGGCCAGACAGAACAGAUAAAGCCCAUUUUAGGCUGGCUCCAGAAGACCUAAAUUGUGUUCAACUACCAUCCUUUGUGAUAAAUAUUUUGGAAUUCAGGAUGAAUAAGACAAGGGCUGCUAACGAUGGUUUUCAUUUCCUGAACAGCAAGAACUGGAACUCAAACCGAAGCUUUCCCAUGAACAUUUCUAAUCAGUGCAUGAACAUCACCGACCUUACUGUCUUCCUGGCCACCUCUUACAGCUUGGAGACUGUCCUAGGGAUUGUGGGAAACAUCUGUCUGAUUGCCGUCAUUGCCAGGCAGAAGGAAAAGGCCAAUGUCACCAACAUCCUAAUUUCCAAUUUAAUAAUUUCAGACUUGUUUAUGUGUCUUGUCUGCCUGCCUUUCACCAUUGUUUACACCAUGAUGGACUACUGGAUAUUUGGAGAAGUCAUGUGCAAAAUGACCUCUUUUACUCAGUGCACAACUGUGACAGUGUCAAUUCUUUCCCUUGUCCUUAUUGCUCUGGAAAGACACCAGCUCAUCAUAAACCCAACUGGUUGGAGGCCAAAUACCUCCCAAGCCUAUCUAGGAAUUGGAGUAAUUUGGAUUUUAGCAUGUCUCAUGUCCCUACCCUUUUUGACCACAUCCAUCUUGUCUAAUGACUUGUAUGAGCAGCUCUCACACUUCAUGAAUUUUUCCACUGAUAAGGCCAUAUGCAUCAACUCGUGGCCUUCUGAGCAACACAAACUUAUCUACACCACCACUCUACUGCUCUUGCAAUAUUGCAUCCCGCUGUUCUUCAUUAUACUUUGCUACCUGCGUAUCUACUUACGUCUACAGAAGAGAAAGGACAUGUUUGAGAAGAGUGAAUAUAGCAACCGAGCAGUUCAGCUGAGAAGGAUAAACAUUUUGUUAGCAUCUAUGGUGGCUGCUUUUGCUGUUUGCUGGCUACCACUGCAUAUUUUCAACACCAUUGUAGACUGGAAUUACAGAAUCAUUUCACCUUGCCACCACAACCUGAUCUUCUCAUUAUGCCACCUGGUAGCUAUGGCUUCCACCUGUGUCAACCCUGUAAUCUAUGGUUUCCUAAAUAGCAACUUCAAAAAAGAAGUGAAGUCACUGAUUCUGAGCUGCCAGCAUAAUUCAGUAACUGCAUCAAUGGAAGAAUAUGAUCAUUUGCCUUUAUCCACCAUGCAGACUGAAAUUUCCAAGGGCUCACUGAUGUUGAACUGCAGACAUAAUUCUAUCUGACUAGGAGAAAAUAUUUCAGAACGGUUCACUGACACCACACACCAAUUAUUACCUGUGAGUAUAUAAAGUAACAGGUGAUGCCAUAGCUGGAAGGUGAACAGGAUAUCAUUACCACCUGAUUUUUGGAAGAAUAGGCAAAGGAAGGUCAUAAAUGUUAACAGCUGCUGCUAUGGUACAUGAGUUUUUCAUGUCAUAGAGAUGAUAUGGACACUGAAGAGACUGUGCUGAUGUAUAUGCAGCUGCUCUAAGAUCAGUAACUGAGCUGUGGCUGCAUAUAGGCUGACAUGGGCCUCAUCAGCUAAACUCACAUCUCUGCCACGGCUGCAACAGAAAAACAGAUUUCCAGUUCCAGCACUGCAGGCUGCCAAAAGUUGUGUUAGAGAAGACUCUCUCAGUUUUUCAGUAUUUUUCGGAAUUAUUAUUCAGAAUUUUAUGCACAGGUGACACACCAGUGGAACACAGAUAUGUAAAUAUCUAAAAUUUUUUACUUUACCAACUCUCACAGCCCACUAAGUAACAGUAAUCUUUCAGCAGAUCUAGUUCACAUAAAACAACUGGAUGUUUCUAUUGAACCUCUACGGCUUGGGAACAGCCAUUGCCUCUGCAAGUAGGAACACAAAACAAUGACUCCCGUAUGUAAAGAAGACAGUCAGGAGGGAUGGCAGCAAAUGAAAAUGUUAUUCAAUGGAUUAAACUCUUAAAAUGCAUUAAAAUGAUACUGAGAACUGUUUUUAAGCACACAGAAAACAGUUCUAGACCUACAUGGAAAUAAGUCUGGUUGAAUUUGCAAUUCCAGCUGCUGUCAGUCACAAAGGUCUGCAAUGCUAAAACUGCAUUCUAUGAUGGUACAAGGUGGCUGGAUUACUGGAGUUGUUGCAGGUCUUGGUAGCAACAUGUCAUUCUGCUUCAACAUCUCCUUGGUACUUUAAUUGCAAAGUAUCUCAUUCAGAAGGUCAGAACAGGCACUAAAACCUGUUUGUGGAAACCAUGUCUUUCCAGACUGAGUACACUCCUAAAGAAAUAAGUAUAUGCAUGGAGGAUUUCAGUUUUCUGAAAAAAUAAAACCAGAUGUCAGAUAUCAGUCCCAUCUGCUGGCAUCAGCAACAGAGGUGGACCUGAAAUUCCAACCAAUCAGUAGAAGGUCAAUGAAAAUACACAAGUGGAAUCCAGGUCAGGUGAAGCCAAGCUACAUGUAAAUAAGUAGUACUGUCAGUUGCUCUACUAAAAUGAGAGUAAUUUUUUUUUCACAUCUGUGGUAUUUUUAGUCAUGAAACCUACAAACUGUAAACUCAUUUUAACCUCUGGAGCCAGAGAAAUUGCUCAGUGACUACUGAGAAACCAAGGUGUGCCCAAGAAGGCCAUAUCAUGGAAUAGAUUACAAAAAAAAAAAGGUAGCGAGUGCAAAAAGAAGACCAACCAGUUCAAUGCUAAAGAAAUAUUGAAGCAUAUUCCAUCCUGAAUUUUAAUCUAACCUUAGCAGAAGACUGGCCUAGGUGGUCACCUUAGGUAAUUUCCAGCAUGAAUUAUGCUAUGAUAAGCAGUUGUUAUUUGUUGUAGUCAAUGGGUUUGCAUUGAGUUGAAGAUAUUCAAUGGACAGAUAUGCAAAAAGCUAAAAAUUCCUUACUUGGGAGCUAUCUGAUUAGACAAAUUGGUAAAAAGCUGGGUGAGGAAUUCUUCCCAUACUGUGAACUGACAGGAAUAUGGAUGUUGAACAGAAUAUCUGAAGAUAAGAGCUAAGCCUUCUGCUAUAAUGUAGCAAGAACUAUCAAAAAAUAUGAGAUCAUAUGUGACAAGACAUUUUUGCCUUUCAAAUGGACUUCUGCUUUCUUUUUUUCUUUGUUACUUGCCACAAUAUGACGAGAAGUUGUUUCUCUUGAUUAGUUUGUAUGCAAUGUGAUUUCUAGACUGGACAUUGUACUAGAAACGCAGAACAAGAGGACUCUCAUUUUAUCUUAUACACAUCUUGAAAUUUGCUAGUGUAGCUGAAACCACCAUGUGAGGCUGAGUAGCACAAAAUACAGUGGCUCCUCCUAAUCAGCAUGAUUUAUGUCAAAACUGUGCCAUAUUAUUUGAGGGCUUAAAUACUGCUUCAACUUCGUGGUUGUUUUGUAUUUAGAACCAAUUUACGUAAUUGUGUAAUUCUGCCUGUUUCCAGCAUUUAACUAGCUAAGAUGUGUGUCAAGCUAUUGUAAGAAUACUCUGCUAAACAUCAACACAGAAGAUUACCUGACAUAUGGUCUUAAGUAUACAACUUUUCAGGCACCGGUGUCUUAAAUGGAAACACAUUAGUUACCCUUAGCAUUUGUACUUGAACACAUCUUUGUCACUAGUGCCAAGUGACAACUUCUGGUAAAGCACUUACAGUAUGUCAGAGACCUGCCUCUAGAGUUAGGAAUUGCCAUUGUGCAUCAGAUCUGAGUUCCUACUGCAAAGGGUAGAAGAUCUGAUGCUCUGUUUAACUGUAAUUCAUACGGACAGUUGUUUCCACGAUCACAAGUAAAUAUGUAAAGCAAGUAGAUCCAAUUUUACAGUAACUCAGACAAACACAAACAGAUGUAUCUUUCUCUGGUGACUAAGGAAGUGUCAAGUUUGGAGUCAACUACUGUUUAUUGCUAACUGACUUUUGACUGGAUAAACUACAGGAUUUAAACACUAAAAGCCAUCAAACUGCACCCAUACUUCAACUGCAAAAAUGCAAAUCCUCAGAACUCCCAACCAGCUGCAGUCUAUCCAUCUACUUACACACCAUCCUCAGAUACAAAUUUUUCAGCCUCUAAAACUCCCUAGGUAACUAAAUAAACUUUAAAGUAAACUGAGAAAAAUAAAUAUAUCCAAGCUCCAAAGGACUAUAUAUCUAUGCCAUGUGAAAGCCCUAUCUUUAUUUACACAGUAGGCAUCCUGCUGGCACAAACAGAUGGAACAGGAAAGGUGCCUGUAUCACUUCUUCAUUCUGUGUGUACACCAAGGCUUACAUAGCUGUGCACAAAUGCAGUAGAGGAUAUUAUGCUGCUAGUUUUUAGGAGCUGCUGUAGCAACUGUUCCCUGUUCCCUUUGAAGGCAAAUGCACAAGGCUGGAUACAAUUAUGCCUAUAUGGUUGAAAGAGCCAUUUUUUUAAUCACUUUGAGGCUUUAUGCAACCAAGGGAGGCCAGGUUUCUUUGGUCACAGCAAAGAGAGGGUAACAGAACAGAAACAGCUUACGUACAUCUUAUGCAUUUAUAAAUAACAGAUACUGAUCAUAUCUAAGAAAGAUUAAGCAUUUUUGUGUUCAUUGUACACAGUGAUGUUUUUGGGUAUACUCUUUAAAGUUCUGCUACUGAGUCACAAAAGUAAAGUUGGAGAAAUAUUCAGGAGUUGUGCAAAUCAUGAAUGCAUACAAUUAGAAGACUUUACACUGCCUUUUUUUUUAAAGCUUUUCACAAUCUUGCUUCUUUUGACAUGUUAUAAGACAGUAAGGUUUUCAGAGCAAGAGAACAACUUAUUGCUGUGAUAUAAGUGGCACCCUAUAGGGAGUCUAAUAACAAAUAAAAUAAUAUCGUCUGUGUCAAUUCUCUGUGCCUGCUUCCAUAAAAUGAUAGAAUACUCUUCAUAGUAUAAAAUACAUUCGAUUUAGUUCUCAACUAGUGUUUAUCUAGUGUUUAUCAAGAGAAAAUGAGUUAAUUAUCUGAUAAGAGCCAUUGAUAUAUGAAGGAUUAAUAGUUGGAUACAUUAUUCCUAAGGACAGACCAACCAAGAAAGACAGGCAAAUAUCAAAAGUUCAACACAGAACAAUGGAAUAUUCUGAUGGCAGGACUCAGAUCAUCUUCACAGACUUCUCAGAUUGCACAGAAAACUGGUUCCUACUGUCCUGAACCCUAACCAGGAUCCCAGCCAGAAUGUAACUGAGGCUGCUGGGAUGAAAACCAAUGUGGGACAUUUGAUUGAACUUCAUAAAAUGCUUUGACUGCGUUAAAAGAAUUGGUAAAUUUCUCUGACCUGGGUCACCCGCCCCAACAGAAAAUAAACCAAGGUGCUAGAAAUGA